UUGGCAUUUGCCUUACUUGCAAACCAAUCUUCACGUGACAUGCUCUCUAGGGUUUUAUUUCUUUCCUUCCUCAAUCCUCACUCUCCCUAUAAAACCCCUCUCACUGUUAUUCAUUCAACAAACCCAAGAAAAAAGAAUUAAUGGAGUCCUCCAAAGUGUCAGCACUUCUCCUCAUUUUCAUGCUUUUCAUUUCCUCUACCACUCCAAUUCUUGGUUGUGGUUCAUGUGGAAAGGCACCACCAAAACACAAACACUCACCUAAAAAGGGUCCUAUUAUACUCCCUCCAGUCCACUUGCCUCCACUGCCAGUGCCAAUUCCUCCAGUGACUACUCCUCCGGUGACUGUUCCGCCGGUUCCAAAAAUCCCAAUUCCUCCAGUGAUUACUCCCCCGGUGACCAUUCCGCCGGUUCCUAAAAUCCCAAUUCCUCCAGUGACUAAUCCACCAUCAAAGGGAAAAUCAUGCCCACCACCACCAGCAAAAAAGGAUACUUGUCCAAUUGACACAUUGAAAUUGGGUGCUUGUGUGGAUCUUCUUGGAGGUUUAGUGCAUAUUGGGGUUGGAGACCCUGCUGUGAACCAAUGCUGUCCAGUUCUUCAAGGACUUGCUGAGGUAGAAGCUGCAGUGUGCUUGUGCACAACUCUUAAAGUCAAGGCACUCAACCUUGCUAUCUAUGUUCCAAUUGCUCUUCAGCUUCUUAUCACUUGUGGGAAGACUCCUCCUCCUGGCUACACUUGCUCUCUCUAGAUGAUCAAAGGUUGUUAGAUUUCAUGGAUGAAAAGUUGAUAUCGACAUGAGAGGAUGUCGAUCGAUCGAGCCUGCUUUUAUCUCCCUCUCUUCUCUUCCCUUCUAUGGGUUUUCAAUUGACGAUUGGAAUUAUUAUUAUUGCUGGUGUGUUAAUUAUGUUUUAAUUGCACAAUCAUUUGUUUUUAUUGGGAAUGUUUAAUGUUUAGCGCUUGCUUUGUUUUUGUCCUUGAUUAGGGAAACAGUCCAGGAUGACUUUGUUGAAUUCAGUUUUCAUGUUCA